AUGUCCACCCCAACAGGCCGUCGCACAGGCGGCACAAACCCUCGCUCUUCUUCUCCUUUGCACUUCCCCACCUCAUCACCCAAUGCCACCCCGCGCGCACCGCGCCAGCAGCAGCCUCCGCCGACGUCCUCGCCCCUCCACUUCCCCACCUCGUCCCCCGGCCGUGGAGACAACAGUGGCCGCCGUGCUGCCGCCUCGUCGUCUGCAGCGUCCGCCGUGUCCGUGGCGAGCGGCCCGCGCAUGCGCGCGCUCCGUUCCGAGACCCCGCUCUUCUUCCCGGCAAGCGGCGGCAGCAGCGGCGCCGGUAGCACUCCUCGUCGCAAGCAGCGUGGUGACAUCCACUCUAGCCGUGUGGUCAACUCGCCAUCGCUCACCCGCCGCGCAGGCCAGCGCAACGGCAACAAUAUCAAUGGCGAACCCAACCUGUUCGCUGCGAGCUCUCCGGGCGUAUACAGCGACGCGGCCACGCCUGUCCCGCACCGUGCCCACCCAUCGUCUGCGCUCGGCAACGUGCCCACCAUGAGCGCGGUGUCGGCCACGGAUGACAUGGACGACGACGAGACUGCCAACGUCACGUCUAUCUGGGGCACGUCGAUUGUGCUGCAGCAGUCGAUGAACCUGUUCCGCGACUUUUUGCAUGGCUUCAAGCCCAAGUACCGCGCCGUCUACAACCAGACUGUCGCCAAGGCCGCCAUUGAGGCUGGCGGUGUCGCGCCUCCCGUCAUGCCGCUGUACGACAACUUGUCAGCCGCAAAGGCCGACACGCCCUUGUAUGAGGGAUACCUUGUCCAAAUGCGCCAGACGGGCCAGAACAACCUGAACCUGGACGCGAUCAACGUGCUCGCCUACCCGCCGUCCAAGAAGCUGUACCACCAGAUUGUCAACUACCCGCAGGAGGUGAUCCCCCUGAUGGACCAGGUGCUCCAGGACGUCGUGGUCGAGGCGGCCGAGGAUGAACUUGACGCUGCCAGGGCGCGCAACGCCGACGGCGACAUGUCCGACCUCGAGCUCACGGCGCUCGAGAACGAGCUCAAGGCAUUCGGUGGGCGUGUCUUCAAGGUCCGCACGUUUGGCGGCGACCGUACCGUCAACAUGCGCGACCUCAACCCGGGCGACACGGACAAGCUCAUUACUGUCAAGGGCCUGGUCAUCCGCGCCACCCCGGUGAUUCCAGACAUGCAGACGGCCUUUUUCCGCUGCCUCGUCUGCCAGCACACGGUCGAUGUCGGCAUUGACCGUGGCCGCAUCAACGAGCCCACACGCUGCCCGCGCGAUGUCUGUAACUCGAUCGGCACCAUGGCCCUCAUCCACAAUCGUUCCGCGUUUAUCGACAAGCAAGUGGUUCGUUUGCAGGAAACCCCCGAUGCUGUCCCCGAUGGACAGACCCCGCACACUGUCUCGCUGUGCAUGUACGACGAGCUUGUCGACCUUGUCAAGCCCGGUGACCGUGUAGUGAUUACGGGCAUCUUCCGCUCGAUCCCCGUGCGCGUCAACCCGCGCCAGCGUUCCAUCAAGGCCCUGUUCAAGACGUUUGUCGACGUUGUCCACGUCAAGCGCACCAACGCUGCUCGGAUGGGUUUCGACCCGUCGACGCGUGGCGGCGAAAGGGCCCCCGGUGUGGGUGUGGGUGGCGAAGACGACGAGGCCGAGGUCAUGCAGGGCACGCAGCGUGCCGCAGACGAGAUGAUGGACGAGGACUCGCCCGACCUGUCGCUCAGCGCGACGGCCGAGAUGGAGCAAAAGCUGCUCGAGCUGUCGCACCACCCGGACAUUUACGACAUGCUCGCGCGCUCCAUGGCGCCCAGUAUCUACGAGAUGGACGACGUCAAGAAGGGUAUCCUCCUGCAGCUGUUUGGCGGCACCAACAAGUCGAUCUCGCGCGGCGGCGGUGGCGGCGGCCCGCGCUACCGCGGUGACAUCAACGUCCUCAUGGUCGGUGACCCCGGUACCUCCAAGUCGCAGAUCCUGCAGUAUGUCCACAAGAUUGCCCCGCGUGGUGUCUACACCUCGGGCAAGGGCUCGUCGGCUGUCGGUCUCACUGCAUACGUCACUCGCGACCCGGACAGCAAGCAGCUCGUCCUCGAGUCGGGUGCCCUUGUUCUUUCCGACGGCGGUAUCUGCUGCAUUGACGAGUUUGACAAAAUGUCCGACGCGACGCGCUCUGUCCUGCACGAAGUCAUGGAGCAGCAGACUGUCUCGAUUGCAAAGGCCGGUAUCAUCACCACGCUCAACGCGCGCACGUCUAUUCUCGCGGCCGCCAACCCCGUUGGGUCAAAGUACAACCCCAAGCUGCCGAUCCCUGCCAACAUUGACCUGCCACCGACGCUCAUUUCGCGUUUCGACCUGCUCUACCUCGUCCUCGACAAGGUCGACGAGAUGAACGACCGUCGUCUCGCCGCGCACCUCGUCGGCCUGUACCUCGAAGACCGGCCCGAGCGCGCGGCCGGAAACGACAUUCUCCCCGUCGACAUGCUCACGGCGUACAUUACCUAUGCGCGCAGCAAGAUCAACCCGGAGCUCAGUGGACCCGCCUCGGACGCCCUUGUCGCUGCGUACGUCAAGAUGCGUAAAGUCGGCGAGGACGCGCGGUCGUCUGAACGCCGCAUCACCGCCACGACGCGUCAGCUCGAGUCGAUGAUCCGUCUUUCGGAAGCGCACGCGCGCAUGCGCUUCUCCGAGUCGGUCGACCUGCAAGACGUGGCCGAGGCGGACCGCCUCAUCCGCGCCGCGCUGCGCGAGUCGGCGACCGACCCGCUCACGGGCCAGAUUGACCUGGACCUGAUCACGACGGGUGCCGGCCAGACGAUGCGCCGCGUGCGCGCCGACCUCAAGCGCGAGAUCCUCUCCCUCGUGAACGCGGCGGGCACCACGGGCCUGCGCUGGACGGCCGCCAUCCGCGCCAUUGAGCAGCAGUCGAGCGUGCCCCUCGACCACGCAGAGUUUGCAGAGGUCGUAAAGGGCAUGCAAGAGGAGGGGCUCGUAAAGGUCGUCGGCGACAAGGAGCGCAGGACGAUUAGGAAGGCGUCGGAUUGA